CCUCAGCCAUGGACACGAGCCGCGUGCAGCCCAUCAAGCUGGCCCGCGUGACCAAAGUGCUGGGCCGGACCGGCUCGCAGGGGCAGUGCACGCAGGUGCGCGUGGAGUUCAUGGACGACACCAGCCGCUCCAUCAUCCGCAACGUGAAGGGCCCCGUCCGCGAGGGGGACGUCCUGACGCUGCUCGAGUCGGAGCGGGAGGCCCGCCGGCUGCGCUGAG